CGGUCACAAGACGAAUUGGAAGGAAGCUAAACAAUGGUUGAAAUUUGUUGUUGAACAAAAUGGAAGGAGAAAAUAAAGAAUUUGUUCCUAUUUGUGGUGACUUAAAUAUUGUUUAUCCAACAUCUGGUGCUGCAGCAACAUCAAGGUAAGAUGUAAAGAUAAUAUUCUAGGACCAUCAAGCCUUUAAAUAUUUGCAUGCGAGAGCCCUGCUCUAAAAUUCUUUGAAAUUUAGAAUGUAUAUAAUUCACCCCCGCGAUGUCGUAUUUUAUAUGUUGAUUAUAGUAACAUUUGAUAGUAUCUUGCUGGUAAUGUUGCUGAAGUUAACGUGUGUUGAUUUAUCCCAUUUAUACUAUUUUAAUAUUGUAUGACACUGAAUAUAGUGAAUGGUUUUAAUUCAGUCUUCAAAAUGUAAUCGUAAAAAAUUAAUAUAAAUAUAAUUGUAAAAAUUACCAAAAAGAGUAAAAAUUUACAAUUCUCCGAAAAGGUAAUUUAUAUUACAAUGACUUAAUUCCUUCAAAAGUGAUUAAUUACAAAUUACUUAUAUACUUGUUGAAAUUAAGUAAAUUAUUGAUUACUAAUUACUUGUCAGACUACUUUUUACUUAAGUGGCUAUAAGUGCCAAUAAAAUACCAAAAUGCACCUAUAAGCAACAUACAAAACGAGGUGUAUAAUUCAAUUGCUUUGAAUUUGUUACUUAACCCAUUGAGUUGCAUUAACUGGCCUAUCUGCCCAUGUGUCUAGUUAACCCAUUGAGUUGCAUUGCACCCUGAUGCACCCUACUUUAAUAUUUUACUCUGUCUAACGCCAAAGUAUUUUACUCGUCAAGGGGAGAGCGCUGGCGCUUAAUGGGUUAAUUUGAGUAGACCAGCAGUUUCUGUGCAUGCAGUCGCAUUUAAACCAUGUGAGUUACACAAACUCUCAAUGUCCAGACAUUCGACUUCUAUUCCAUUUCCUUCUGAAAUUUCCUGAUAUAUAUAUGGGGACAGUACAAAACAUGGACCCCCAGUCCAUGGACCCCUUGUAUGGACUGGGUCCAUGGAUCCCCUCUAUGGACCGGGUCCUUGGACCCCCUCUAUGAACCGGGUCCAUGGACCCCCUCCAUGGGCCGCAAAUUUCGAUAUUUAACUGUUAAACAUGCGAUUCGAGUUUUCAAUUUUUAAAAAUAUUAUAGUGGUUUUAAAGCACUUUUGUUCUUAGCAGCAAACCUCAUCUACACUCCAGUGUUUUCUUCAUACUAAAGCGAGGCUUGCUAAUGACAUAUCAUGACAAAUCAAUGCACCAUGUGAAUAAUAAUAGUGUUACUGACUUGCAAAGCCGGUCAAUGAUCACAGUCUAUGAAACUAAAGAAACCACUGCCAGCAAAGUGUUGAAAUAAUAAACCACUUUCAUUGAUUGUGCAUCUUAAUUAGCCUUCUUGCUUCAAUAUACAAAAAAGUGUUUCAAUUUGUCUCUUAUGAAAGUGGUCUAAAGGCACUGUUCAUAAUCAGCAAUUUGAUUUGCUUCGAACGAUUAAUACAUUUUUGUGAGCUGUGCACUAGCUAGCUGGAUGUAUAAGUGUUAUUUGGAGCAAAUUAAUAGAACAUUUUGACCUUGCAAGUAAAUUUGUUUUCUCCCUGUUCAGGGUUAUUUAGACAGGUGUAUUCAAAAUAUAUUCCUGUUACCGGUAACAUUCAUUCAUAGAUGCAUAAGGCCAUUGAGAAAUCGUGGGUCCGUGAACCCGGUCCAUGGAGCGGGGGUCCAUGGACCCAGUCAUAGAGGGGGUCCGUGGACCCGGUCCAGACAAGAGGUCCAUGGACGGGGAGUCCAUGUUUUGUACUUUCCCAUAUAUAUGGUAUUAAGCAGACCUUUCCCAUAUAUAUGGUAUUAAGCAGACGAUUUAAUCGUGAGACUCACGAUUUUUUAUGCUUUCUCACGAUUAAGUCCCCAAAUCUCACGAUUUGCGGAACUUAUGAAAUCAUCGAAAAGCACAACAUCUAGUUACAAUUAGACACGCUCUUCUGAGGAAACAUACUUUAUUAGUGUAUUAAUUAUUAAUAAUGUGCAAUGUACAACGCCAGAAUUUUGUAUAGGUGAUGUUUGUGUUAAAAAGUAAAAGGUGUGUCCUGCUAAGUUUAUUGUCCUGCUAGUAUUACUUGUAAUUUUCUUGUUUUUGUGCAGUGGAAGCUACUAAAGCCAUAGAAAAGAAAAAACAGCCUAUUCUUAAUAAGCCUUGCAUUUACGGUUAUAUUAACAAAAUAUAACACAUACUAUCCUAAGAUUGAAUAUAACCCUGGUCAUGUCAUUGGGCAAACCUGAAAAUUUCUAAAUCUCACGAUUUUCCAAUUAAUCUCACGACUUUUUAGAUAGCAACUCACUAUUUCUGCUACUCAAGGGUUGGCAGGUCUGUAUUAAGGUUGGAAAAAAUAAAAAAGCAAACCAAAGUAAUGCUAAUUACAAGUUCAAAAAUUAAUGUUACUCAGUACCUUAAAAAAGUAAUUAAUUGUAAAAAUGUGUUACAAAAUUACUUCUGUGCAACAAGUAAUUAAUUACCGAAAAAUUAUUAAGUAAGUAGUAUACUUUAAAUAGUAAUGAGUAUUUACAACACUGUCAACUGCAAUUGCCAUUCUCCAUUGAAAUGCUAGAAUUGCUUGUUUAGUAGUAAGUCUUCUUAUACUGGAGUUGCUAGUAAAUUUCUCUGAUCUGAGUUGAAGUCGUCAAUUUUUCAUCUUAGGAACCGGUCAUUAUUUAUGGAAGGGGGGGGGAGGGGGAAAAAUAAGGGGCCAUAUGUAUAAAUAAAUGACUAGAAGGGGGGGGGGGCUAUUAAAUUUAUUCAAGAAAAUGAGGAGGGUAGGGGUUGCAAUUGAAUUUGAAGGAAUUUGCUUAAUAAGCCUGGUAUCCAUUUGGUUGUAAAUGUUGCAAGUAAAUCAUGGUCACUGAUGUGAAAUAGUCUGGAUUUAUCUUGUCUUGUGUGUGCUGUAUGCAAAUCAGUCUUUACUGAUUGCAGAGAUAAAUUGACUGAAUGUAUUAUUACAUCAGCUAUCUUGAUGUGGUUAAAUACAUUUGAGCAAGGUUAACGGUGGAUGUAUUAUGCAGGCCAUGCAUAUCCGCUGAGGGGAGUCUGUGACGUCAUGAUCAAAGGGGGUUGUUUCGUGCCUUGUGAUCAGUGCUUCGGUCUGGGUAUUCAUUCUGCCAUUGUAUGCUUUGCCUUAAGCUAGCUGCAGCAAAUUUAGCGCUUCGAUACCUUUUCCCCACCCACGCACCCAUGUUUAUUCUAGAGGAUUUUAUCCGGUAGUAUGUCAUUUUAUUUUAUAUAAUUUUUAAUCUCACAUAAAAUAGGAUGUAUAGACCACUAUACAUUGUAUUUCGCUUCCACUGACUUGUCAGUGCUAUGGUCAGUGUGACUUGUGCCAGAGCAGAAUUGUCAUGGCUACCCCUUUUGCUGCUUAACAUUACUGAUUGUUACUCUCAUUGUUGCUGCACAGCUGCUAUGGCAAUACUUCAUGCCAUCGAUCAAGUCUAGUUGCAACCUUGGACCACAAACGGCACCUGCCUCCAAACACUAAUACCCUGCCGUUAAACAUGGUUACAAUCGCCCAGACCAAAUGGAAACGUGAUUUUAGUGUUAUAUAUAAAAAUACUCCUCUUUUAAUUAUAAUUUUCUGCUAAAUUAAAUAUAUAUUUUUGGUCGACGUUAUAUCUUGUCAGUUCCAUAUUCUUAAUAAUUAACACUAUAACGCCUGGGUAUCCCCAUUUGACGAGUAAUAGUGAAAAUGGGAGGGGGGUCAAAGAAAAAUAUUCUAAUAUGUAGGGGGGUCAUCAUUAAAUUUUUGCUCUUUUAAGGGGGGGGGCUUUCAAUUUUAAAAAUUUAGGAAAGAAAAAAUUCCCCUCCCCCCUUUGAUAAAUAAUGACUGGUCCCUUACCAUUGAUCUACAGAUCAAUGCAGAUAAUUGGCCUCAUAAUUGAAAUUUUCAUGCUCAUUACCAAAAGUGUCAUGAUGAUGUUUGGGCAUUCAGGGUGCAUUACAGUAUUUAUUUAGUUACAACUUUUUGAAAAUUUUGUUUUUCCUAUACAGUUGACUGGAAUUUCUGCUGCAGUGAAAAACAUUUCAAAACUGGAACUUCCUGGCCAUCCAUUAAGUGUGCCAUCCAUUAAGUCUGUCUAAUACAUGUAUAUACUACGUCUGGACACUGUAUAUACAGUAUUGUGAAAAUUAUGUGGAUAAUUUUGGUUACAUUUUUAGAUAUCAGGCAAUAAAGAAAAAAUUUGAUUCAUUAUAUGGCGUUGCCCCGUUGUUCUACUGCCGAGCUCCAGGAAGAGUUAAUAUCAUUGGUAAUAGUUUAUCCUUGUUUAAUUCUCCUUUUUCAUCUAUUCUGCAACCUAUCAUGCAUGUAUUUGUAUAAUUAUUGCUUUGUCCGGCAAUUGAAGUAGCUAAGGGGCUUUCCUAACUGGGUCUACUGGAAGAUUUUCAUUUUUUCUGAUGAGAAAGUGCAUUUCGUUUGAUUUUAUAUUAUUAUAUCAAAGAAAGAAAUUUACUUUUUCCCAUUCAUAUUGGGUGUGUAUUCACUGAAAUGAAAUGUACAAAACAAAGUGUAAUCCAUCCGUGUUCAUUCGCCGGAAAUGAAAUAUACAAAACAAAGUGCCAUCGGGUGCAUUUUCAGUGUUCAUUCACCGGAAACGAAAUGUACAAAACAAAGCUACCGUUGUUUGCAUCUAAGGAGAAACACGUUGGAAAAAAACACUAUUUAUUCCUACACAGGGACUUUGAUCGGUCAAAAACCUUUCCCAAUUUACGUUUAACAGACAAAACUUUCUUUUUCUGGCUAACACCCUGUGGCUGUAACUUUAUGUUUUAAUCUGUCAACCUUUCAAAAUAAUAAUUUAUAUAUCUUUUCUUGUCUUAUUUUAUCCUUUCUUAUCACAUGGAAGCUGACUCUUACUUGACAACUGUGAACAAUGUGGGCAGCAAAACAUUGUUCAAUCCUGUUUUCAUCAACAUUGCAACAACCUGAACGUUAUUACGCGUGUAACUACAUGUGUAAAAAUUGAGAAAAUCAACAACUUCUUCCAGGUUGAUAUCGACAGGCGUGAACAAGGUUGUGCCGCCCACUAUGAACAGUAUUGUCAUCAUGUUGUUACAGCAUUGUUCAACUGUAACAACUUGGAACAACAUGGUUGACAAAAUACAAUUGAUAAAAUACAAAACAAUAGAUACUCCGAAAAUUGAAAGCAUUUUGAAAAAUUUAUUUCGACGUUUCGACUAAACUAUAGUCAUCAUCAGGAAAUGAAUAUAUUCAUUUCCUGAUGAUGACUAUAGUUACUCGAAACGUCGAAAUAAAUUUUUCAAAAUGCUUUCAAUUUUCGGAGUAUUUAUUGUUUUGUAUGGUUGAAAACUUGUUCAUAGUUGGCCGCGCACAACAUUGUUCACGCCUGUCGAUAUCAACUUGGAACAACCUGUGCGUUUUUAGCCGUGUAUACUUACCUACUGAUAGGCUAUUUUAUCUAUAUACAUGAGUCGGGUCCGUAGGCCAUAGUGUAUUAGUGAGAAUCUAACCCACAGACCUUGAGGUGAAAGGGGCUUCCUCUGACGAACGCCACUUGCUCUCCGCCACCGAAGCCGCGUUGUAUGGAUAUUCCUCAACAAGGGAAAAUAUAAGUAGAGGAUUUCCAAGUUUUGAGAGAAGACCCUUUGUCAGGAUAGUAUAAGAGUAUACGAAGUGCCGAUGAAUGAUACUGACAAUUUAAAUUAAACAACACUACAACAGAUUUUUCCAGCUCCAUUGUCUAGUCUGGAGGGCAUUUCACUCCAAAAAAGCGUACGGGAUUUUCGGACUUUCAAAAAUCCGCGGAUUUUUUAGUGGAUCCAAAUUGUACCGGAUUUUUAGCUGAUUUUUGGCAAAGUGUAUCUGGAUUUUUGGAGUGAAAUGCCCCUCGUUUUGGAUUAUACAUGCAGUGUAUGUGGGUUUUGAAUUUCAUUCACACACUCCACACACAUCAUGCAUCUCCAUAUACUAUGCGUGUAUAUAUCUUGAUCCUGUGGAAUAGCUAUUAUAUAACUGUCCGUUACUUUGUUUAGGUGAACACAUUGAUUAUUGUGGUUAUGGUGUGUUACCAAUGGCCAUAGAACAAGAUAUUGUGAUCGCUGUGGCACCAAGCCAUGAUGGAAAAAUCGUGUUGUGUAACAUGGACACAAAGUUUAAGUAAGGCAGAAUUUCUUAUUACAAUGCUCAUACUCUUAAUUUAUUAGCAAAACACAAAAGAAAUCAACACUAAUAAAUGUAAUAAACGUAUAUUAAUCAAUUAAUAGCUGAACCAACUUUGGUAUAAAAUUUCUUCAUAAGUACUCAAUUUCUACCGUUUGGGAAAUUACAGUAGCUAUAUCACACACUGCACUCGAAGUUGUAAAUUGUGAUUUAAAACAUCUCAAAGUACUGUAUUUCUAAUUAAGACGUUGCUAACACUUUCAAAUAAGUAAUUGCCCAUACAGACGGGAAAGUUUUGUUGCUCCUGUGCACGGAAUGUUGUUAAACCCAUUUAUAUCUCAGGUCAAGGUCGCCUUUUGUUUGCCAAAACCAUAGAAGUAUUUCUUUUACACUUCUCAAGUUUUCCUUGGCGCCCAUACACACAAACAAAAUUUCCCUUGUACAACAGCUUGUAUGACUCUUAUUUGAAAUGUCACUUAUCAUAAAUUGUCACUUAUUUGAAACGCCAGUUGAAAUGCAGACAAGCACGUUUUCCUGGACAAGUUUUAUUUGCUCGUGCAUGUGUACAAAAAAAAAUGGACAAAUUUUCCUUGCCAAGAAGCCUUGUUCCAAAGCUAGGUGUUGUACCCCUCUCUGUAUAAUCCCACUAUAUGGUACCUACUGUAACAUGAUGCCGCCACCUUCCUACGGUAUACAGUAAAGAGUUUAAGCUUCGUGUUACACGGCAAACGCCAGGCAAAGAAAAAUUUUACGGUAUCACCGUAUCAGGCAAUAAAGAGUAAAAUUAAUUAACUUGCUGGUUUAAAACUGAAAUACAUAAUUAUUCUUUCGACGCAAGAAAGAAAAUAUGAAACGAAAACGUUCAACCAAAAUUUUGACAAGAAAGUUCGAACCUGCCGUUUGCCGUUCCCGGAAACGUGCAGCUUAAACUCCCUAUUAUAUAUCUUUAUAACUUUAUUGGGAAUAUUAGGUAUCAGCAAUAACAAUAAAUAGGUAUAUUAACCCCAAAGGAAAAGUGCGAACGGGUCAGGAGAAGCCCAUGCGAGGCACCCCCACCCCCUUAUAAACUUUACAAUUAUAUUUACAUUAUACACUAUAAAUUAUAGCGGAGGCAAAGCUCGAUUUGCGCAUAAUCCACAAACCGAUCUCUCAAAUACGUAAAUGGCAGAUUUUGGAAAAAUUUACGGAAAAUAAACCUAACUUGGUUUUGAAAACAUGUGCCUUGGGCAUGUACACGAAACGAACUUUACUUCAAUCAAAGAACUAUACAUUGUUUUAAUUUCUGUGACAUGGGCAGCCCCGAACAAGAGACCAGGUACAUGGCAUAUCUACGUCAAAAACUGAAUUACGUAAAAACGAAUAAGUCCGACAAAGAAAGUUCCUAAAAGUAAAUAAUGUCAAGAUAUAUCUAGGUAAGGUUAAAUCCACUGUGGUGUACAUAAACCCCAUGUGUGAUCCAUUAGACGAACACUAUUCAUUGUACAGUACGUACGUCAGUAUAGUCACAUGUAGAGAGUAUGCCCACUAUACACUAAACAUUUGUUGUGUAUUUAAUUUUCAGGAGAUACGAAGUAGGCACUGAAGAUUACAAUAUUGAUGGUAAAGAGUGGUAUCAUUACUUUCUCUGCGGCUAUAAGGUACAAAGUUCAAACAAUAGACCUUUGAAGUGAAUCAACCUACAACAUGCAACAAUGACAUGAUCCAGUCCUGAUCAAAUAAGUCCAAUACCUUCAUUAUAUUUCCAUAAUAAAAUCCCAUUCUUCUCCAUGCGUUCCAGUUUUUCUGCAUGAUCUAUAUUUUUGCAUUCCUUCGAAGGACCUACAGUGUAUUGCUUGCAAAAUCGAAAACGAAUGUUUUGCACUGUACAUGCAUGCAUAAAAAUAAGCUGUUAGCCAACCACAAAUUGAACCACGAUUUUGAUAAUUAAAUAUUAAGAGGCGAUUUUUUUCAAUGUCACGUAUUUGCAAUGAAAAGUGUUCAAAACCUAAAAUCUUUUUGGCGUUCCUCUCAAAAUUACUUUGUUUUAGCUUUAUUCUCUAUUUUAUACAGUUAGCAACCUUUUUAAAUGCAUCUGCCGGUUGAGAAACAUAAAAUAAUGAUUAAAAAUUGUCAAUUAAAAUACAAUUAUCAAUGAUGCUUUAAAAUUGACGCCAUAUUUACAGCCAUAUAAGCAAAACUUACUGAACUUCAGGCAUCAUUUUGAUUUUCUCUUUGGCGUAUCAUCUAAAAUCUCUUCAUUUUAGCAUUAUUUUACAGAUAAAGCAUUAAACAUACUUUUUACGUUUGUUUGCCGAUAUCCAAGAAACCGUAUCCAAAAAUAAAAUUUUGAAUUUAGUCAUAACCUCAAGCGGUAUAUUAUACGCAUUAGUUUUGAGCGCGUGUUACGUAACAUACAAAAAAAUCUCCUCUUAAUGAUUACAGUUAUUAUCCGGGUAGCUCAGAUCAUCCAGAGCUCGUAAAAUGAAAUGAUUCGGUCAGAUACUUUACUGUACCUCGUCAUUCUACAAUAUAUGUUUUCCCCUGGCCAAGCAUCCUCCUUACUAUUUAAAAGUUUUCCAAUGACAACGUUUUGAAAAAUGUAUUCAAAACUUUAACGUCGCCUGGAUGUAAAUAUAUAUGAACCACUCUUAAUUCUUGGUGUUGGUUCUUUAUAAACAGGCUGACGCACUCUAAUUUAUCAUCGAGAAGUGUUUUUAUGUUUCUAAAUCCCAUGCAGUAAAUCACCAUACAUGUGUGAGCAAUACGGUAUACAUGCAGUAUCGAGCUGCUCUCCUCUGUUCAUUUUCGUUAUCGAUUAAACAUUAUCAACCAUCCAUUGACAUGGAUUAAUCGUAUUGAAUGAAUCUGGACACAUUCACAGAGAUUAGUGUUUCUUCCCAGAAAGGGCCGUGUUUUAAAGUUUUUAUUUGACCACCAAUGAGAGCGCUAAUGCUGGCAGAGAAAUCAAAAGAAGUCAUGUUUAUCAUGACAUUUGAUCACAUCGACAACACUACUGGUAUCUCCUCGUAACGUUUUCAAUCGGGAAAGAAACUUAUCCAGCUAUAUACGCACGGCUAUACGCGAUUACUGUCCGGAAAAAUCUAUUUCCGAACUGAAACAUAAAAAAUAAUCGAUCACUUGUAGUGUAGAGCAUUUGUCCGCUGCCUAUACUUUCAUUAUUUUAUUGAAAUUGAUUAGCUUUGGCCUGCAUGAUUGGAUCGUGUCUGUUGUGCAUUUUAUUUAGCUGGCCAAAGCUCGACUAUACUGUAUAUAGCUCAGUUGGUUACAGUAGAGCGUUGCACGCAGGUACACAGGUUCCAUUCCUGCUAGAGGGCAGGAAUAAUAAUUCAACUCGAAAUUUCCAUCUAAAAAUCCCUUCAACAAUUAGUUAUAUCGAGUGAGAUGCCCCAAAUCCUGACAUUACAUUUUAGUAUUUUACACAAGUAAAUAUAAGAAAUCCGACGUGGUGAUUGGAAAAAUUUCUUAAAUUUGACGUGAUAUUCCCCUAUAUUCGCCCACAGGUGGUGAAUAUAAGAGUAAUAACUAGUUUACAAGAUGGCGAUUAGCGGUUUUGUGGAAAUCACUGAUAAAGAAAUAAGCGAAAUUAAAAUAAAUUCAGUCCCAAAAAAACACACAAAAGACUUGCGUAAAAAUACCAAUUAAGACAAAACAAUUAUUCGCAUCAGGCUCGGUGAUUUUCGCGGAAUAUUCACUUCGACUUCGUCUCGGUGAAUAUUCCCCGAUAAUCACCUCGCCUUCGGCGAAUAAUUGUUAAAUAUCCUAAUCAACUUUAGGAUUCUUUUGUAGGGAAUUGUUGAGCACCUUGAUAUAAAACAUCCUAUUGGUAUGAACAUAGUGGUAGAUGGAAAUGUACCAAAGGUAAAAAUAAUUCGUUGCAUGAAGACGGUUUUGAUAACUUGAGUAGUCACCUAGUAUUUAUUUUUUGUUUUCUGAAAUGUGAUACUGUAAUUCGUUUUUUUGACUUUAUCAGAACGCAGGGCUAUCGAGUUCAUCUGCAUUUGUUUGUUGUUCUGGUUUAGCGACAAUGCAUGCCAAUGGUGGCAAACUUACCAAGGUAAUUAAAUCCGUUUAAGUGCAUGGAGUAUAUAGGCAGUGCUUUCAUGAUUCACUACAAAAAAAUUGACUCAAAAACUUAUCAUGAAUAGAAAUAAUGCACCCAAUAAGGCAUAUACAGUGACUCGUAAUAUCGAGUAAAAUUACUACUAUUUAUGAGAAAUUUUACUCAUUUUUUGGUAAAGUAAGUCUGGUAAAGUAAAUUUGAAACUUUGCUCAAAGAUUUGAGUAAAUUAUUUUGCUCAUAAAUUUAUAAUAAAUAUUUUACUAAACAUUUUGAAUUACUGUGGUUGCAUUAAAUAUUUAAUUUACAUUUUUGAGUCAAAAUACUCAGGGAUUUUUGCAGCGUAAUAUUAAAUCAAUUGUAGGACUAGCUGUCGAUAAGAAACAAACUUUCCUUCUCUGUACAACCUCAUACGUUAUUGGUUAGAUCUGUCUAUCAGCUUUUACGUUCGAUAUUUGAUGAGUACGAAAAGAAUGAAAUUUCUCUUUUAGAUUGAGAUUGCUGAGGUUUGUACAAAGUGCGAACGGUAUAUUGGCACUGAAGGCGGUGGGUAAGUGAUUUGAAAUUGUAUAAAAUAUCAUUGAAGCAAUUCUAAGUUCUUGAUGAAGCAAGUGUGUUAUUGAAUAUUUGCAUACAGAUGUCCCAGAUGGGAUUUCAUGGGAUACUAUAAUGUAUGAUUCAUUGGGAAAAAUUAGAACAGUACUGUAUACGGUAGUGGGUUAGGUACACUUGCAUAGUGGAGUGCAGUUCAAUAAUAUACAGCAGACUACACAACACUACAGUACCAUGCACUGUUGUACUAAAAUAUAUACCAGUGCGGUACAGUACGAUACUAUAUAAGGUACAGUACAGUACUGUAAGGAAACGGACAUUACUAUAAGGUACAUUAUUUACAGUACCUAAUUAAUGUAAAGUGCUGUAGAGCACGAUACAAUACACUAUUGCAUGUACACUAGACUGCAGUACAUUACAGUACAAAUACACCAUAUAAUGUACUCCAUAUUAAGCGUUAGUAUAUAGAGUGACUAAUAGCAAUUACAUAAGCACAGUACACAUAACAUUUAACUUUUUUUGUCAAAUAACCCGAAAAAAAGAUCGAUAUAAAUGCACCUUGCCAUCCCUAAAUCUGUCUACGUUUUUGCAGGAUGGAUCAAGCUUGCUCGUUCCUGGCAGGUUUUGGAACGGUGAGUUGGCGUAAUGUGUGUUUUGUUGCUCUUAAAUGUUUUAACCUCAUGAAAUGGUUACAAACGCGACCUAUUCAUUGUUAUCCUAUCUGAAUUUACCAUGACUGUUUUUAUCCUAAAUAAAGAAAGCAUGACUAUAGUACAUGUAGUUACAGGCAAAAAUCAUUUAACGAUAUUUGUUUUUAUUUCUAUUUCGCUGUACGUUCUCCAAUUCUUAUAUUUAUGAAGAGCGUAGGCCGUAGCCCCUUCACUUCUACUUUGGAAGGAGUAUAUCCCUGUAGCUCCCCUCCGCUCGGCCGCCAGCUAUGCUUUAUUUCAACUAUGAAAGUCUGAUAGCCUAUUAUAGCGAAUUACUUUACAGCAACAGAAAGGCGGGAAUCCGACCACAUAUUUUGCGAACGUUUCGCCAUUCUAAAGUAUAGUCAUUUAGAUAAAUUAUGUUUGCAUAAAAUGUGGUUUUGUAGCUACAGGAAUAGCAACAUGUGCUUACUAUUGCUUUCUAGGCCAAACACAUUGAAUUUGACCCUCUCCGUUAUAAAGACAUCACUAUUCCUGAUGGAGUUGUAUUUGUAAUUGCAAACAGUCUGGUAAGUUUUUGCUCCAGUAGGUACCAUGUCUUGAAUUUGAUACUCUUUCUUCUUUUUAUUUGGUGGAUGUUUUUGUGCCAGGUCGGGUCGUUUAAAACUCCAACAACGAUACAUGCAGUAUACUGUUUUGCACAUACCAUCAGGGCUUUUCAGUGUCUCGUCACAGUGUCUUGACAUCAAUACAUUUCUAAACCACACUUUCCCCAUAGACAUCUUAUAUACACUAGACAGUGCAUCUAAUUAUUCUGCAAUUCAAAAAUUAAAGCCGUGAUUGCAGACUCAGGAUAUUCCCAUGAAAUGAGAAGACUCGCAUGUUUUCUAUUUCUUAAACAGGGAACUUAAACAUUAAGUUAAACCUAUAUUCCAAAUACAUUUUCAAACUGUUCAAAUGAUGAAAGUUAUUGUUGUUUUUUAAGCGUUUAUUAGCGAGUGGGAAACUUCAACAUGGCCGCCAUCUAUUAAUUCAAAUGGGGGUAACCGCUGGGAUAUUUUUGGCUUCAAUUUUACUAAAAGAGAUGCGCUAUCUAGUGUAUAUAAGAUAUCUAUGACUUUCCCCCUCUGCAUGAGUAGAAGGAAACUGCGUUAUUAAAUAAAGUCCAAAGGAAGAAUCAUACCUUCGAUAGCCUUAGUACUAUAGCCCCAUUUUCCCAUACUUAUACCCCCAUUUUCCCAUACUUAUACCCAGGAUCAACGGAGUAUUUUUGUGCUAAAUCUGUACAUAAACAUAUAGUGUUCUAGCUGACCAUGGUUUUAAAUUCAAGGAAUAAUAUCUGUCAACCAUAUGUUGUUGUGCCCAUGGUGGGACAUGGGUGUCAAUAUAGGUUUCCUUAGUUAUUUCAAUAUCAAAUCUUGAUUCAAACGAAUUUCCUGCAGCUGUUUAACAUUUCUUGCUCACCUAUAUUUCCCACCCCUGCUUAUACCCUCGUCAUCGUGAUAUAUUUACUGUAUAUACUAAUACUAUAAAACUAUUGGCUUUUUCUUCUGUUGGUCGUAGGUGGAGAUGAACAAAUCUAAAACUGCCGGAACACAUUUCAAUGUUCGUGUAGUUGAAUGUCGCACUGCAGCACAGGUACAGUAGAGUAAUUUGUAUGUUUUGUUUAUAUUAAGGUACGUUUACAUACCGCGAUUUGUCGUGGACGAUCCGUAUUCUCGUAUUCUGGCGUAUGAAAAUCACUGCUGUCGCCACUGCUCCACUUCCUUUAGCUUGUGCUGGAACUUGAAAUGCAACCACUUUAUAUACGCGUGCUUAUUCGAUUACAUACGCCAGAAUACGAAUCGUGCACGACAAAUCGUGGCGUGUAAAAUACACGCUACGAUUUGUCCAAGAGAGCAGGCAAGAGUUCGUUUUGCCUGUCUUUUAAUCAAUUUAUUACCUUCGUCUACAUUUGUUUUGUUUUUGUCUGCUAUUUUGAAAAUAUAUGCGGCAUUCUUCAUUAAUGUAUCGCAGGCCUAAUCACGAAGUUCGGCCGAACGGUGAGGCGAAGAUUUUGCUAAGUGGUUCGGAACGAGCUCGGCCUUCGCCUCACCGUUCGGCCGAACUUCAUGAUUUGUGCCUGCGAUACAUUAAUGAAGAAUGCCGCAUAUAUUUUUAAAAUGGCGAACAAAAAGAAAACAAACGUAGACGAAGGUAGUAAACUGAUUAAAAGACAGGCAAAACGAACUCUUGCGUGCUCCCUUGAUAUAUCCUGUAUACGAUUUGUAUUCUGGAGUAUGAAAAUUACUAAAACUUCGGUUGAUAUGGAUGCCUGAAAAAUACAAGGCGAACUUCGUCGAAACGUCGAAAUUCUCCUUGUAUUUUUCAAGGUAGUUGCAUCCUUACCGACCGAAGUCUUGUUAUUAUUGGCACUACCUACACUGGCACAGACCGUUUUCACGCCACAAUCCACCUUUACUUAGCUAUAUAUGAUUUAGUUAAUGGCGAAAUUUGAAAUGCAACCACUUCACGCGUGUUUAUUCGAUUAUAUACAUACACCAAAAUACAAAUAUUAUACGAGAAAUCGCAGCGUAUAAGAGAGAGCAGGAACAAGUCUAAUAACCUUCAGGCCAUUUUAUCCUUUGGAAAAUGUUCGGCGAAAAGCUCUCGUUCUUUCACUCUUGCAUAUAGUAAACAAUUAAAUAGAAUGAAAACUUUCUUACUGGUAGGUUUUAGCCAAGACUAAAGGUAUCGAUUGGAAGUCAGUGAGGAAACUUGCUCAAGUUCAAGAGAAGCUGGACGUUACCUUAGAGAAAAUGUAAGAAUAUAUUUAACUAGAUUUAACUAGAGGACACUUGGAGACUGCAUACCUCCACCAUCGAAUUAAGUUAUGUGUCUAGUAGUCCCACAAAUUUCGUAUUAAUACGUUUGAUAUUUUGAAGUUAUUGUCCAGGGGCCGGUUUUAUCAAAGGUGGAUUAGUGCUACCCUGGGUUAAAAUUUAACCUGUUGUCUUAGUUAAUGUAUUUGUGCACGUCUGUUUAUUUGAAUUCAAAACUUUAGAAAAGAGAACUCCUACUUUUCCAGACAAGAUUUCUGAAGAAAUAUUCAAAAUUUAUAAACAAGCUGUCAGGAAGUUUUGCUUUGAAUUUUAGGUUAACCCAGGGUUAAGCUAACCCAGCAUUGAACAACUGGCCCCUGACAGCCAAACACACACAUGCAGAGACACAAACAUGCAGAUAUAUACAAAUGCGGUUGAAAAUACAUUCAACCUCCUAUGGCGGUGGUAAAAGAGAGGUUCAGAUUUGACUAACGCUGCCUCUCACUUGCGCUGCGUACAUCUGAUUGGUUAAUCAGGUAGAUUAAACCCAUCUGAUUGGUUAGCGGUAGUGCAAGUCAAAGCUGAACCUCUCUAUAAACAUAACCUCCUGGCGGAGGUAAAUAUGUGAAGUGGAGUGUAUACCGUAACAGCAGAUGGUGAAAUUCUCGCUUACAAAUUCUGAGUACAGUACAGUCAGUCACAUUGGCACAGAUUUGCAAGUAAUCCGGUCGUUUUUUAAUGUCACAGUACGUCGCUCUUUCACCUCAUCUAUUAGACGGGUGGGGGAUAGGUUACCGUUUCGCCUACUCGGUAUACGAAUUUUGGCAAUUAUUUUAGGUAAAUCAAACAUACUACAUAUCACAACAUUAAUUCGCUGAACAAAUGCUUUUAUUCACGACCUUUCGGCUAAGAGACAUAUAUACACUGGAAAAUUUGAAUGCCAGAUUUUAGUUUUCUAGAUUUCUAGAAUAUUCCACGUUUUGUGGAAACGUCCAUACUAUAGAAGUGUGCAAAUUAAACUUUGGAAAUUGAAUUUCCAAACUGUUUUUAGGCAUUUCUAUAAAAUUUCUAUAAAAUUUCCACAGUAUGAAAGUGUUUUGAUUUUUCCAGUGAUAUACGUACCUUCAAGAUCUGAUAGCCGAAUGCCCAUGAAUAAAAAUAUGUGUUCGUGCGUUGUUUAAAAUCGUUAAUCCAGUAGUUUUGUCAAGUUGGAGCUAGCCCAGAAAUGAAACAAGCACUAUGAUGCUACAUUAGUUCUUCACGAUAUUUUAGGUUAGAAUUUGUGGACGAAGUUCUGCACAAUGAACCUUACACAAGAGAAGAGAUAUGUAAAAUACUUGAAAUCAGUGUAAGUGUAAACUAUAAAGUUGAAAUCUGAAGAUCCACAGAAUGUAAUAUAAUUAAACAGCAGUCAACAGUAUUACUAACUGUAUUUGAUACUAGUAACGUGGCUUCGAGCCUGUUUCGUACCCAGGUGCUUUGGGAGAAAAACUGAAAUCGAUCAAGUUCAUCCGCGCGGCCCCACGCAAAGACCACGCAGCAGUGAGUCAACAUAUAGCCCUUGGGAAAGAGAAAACCUUUUGCUCAAAUUUAAAAAAUUUCCACCCUAUAACAUUUUUGAAUUGAUUUUGCAUCGUGUUAAAAAUGAGGAUAAGGGGUGACGAUGAACUACUGACUACGUUUGAAAUAUUUGUGUUUAUAUAUGUAUACAAAUACUCAAUGUAUAUCAUUACAAAUUUAUCGUAAAUCGUAAUUAUUUCGCCGCUUUUAGGUCGUAUAGUCGGAUACGUAAAUUUUAUUUGGCGCUAUGAAAACAAUUGUGAAAACAAGCUUUUAACCGUUGUGCUUACCCGUUCUCCGUUGUCGCAAUCUUAAAUUCCCUAUUGCUCUCGGCCAGUGAGAAUACACCUUUAUGAUAAUUACGAUAAUUACAUGAAUAUGUUCUUGGCCUGGGAGCCUCGCUCUCAUGAAUCAAGACGGAAUUAGCCAAGUGGCUCCCUGCCAUGAACGUAUUCAUGACGUAAUUAUCGAAAAGGUGUAUUGAAAAUUGUUUUGAUGCAUAGUAUUUGUCUCCCCAUCAGCAGACUGUUCAGUUGUUCUGCGAUAGGGUACCGGUAGCCUUGAAGGUGCCAUUAAAACGAUAAUUGGAACAAAAACUGACUUAGUAUUUCUAUAUAUGAAAUUGGUAUUAAAUUCUACAUGUCCAAUGAUUCAUUCAAGUAUUAUCGUUUAUAUUUUUAUGAUAUUGUUCAAUAUUCACUGGCAAGCUAGCCAUGGCAACUGGUCAUGCUAUGCUAAUAAACCUGCAUCUAUUUGAAUAAUGCCAAUCAUUAAAAACUUGCAUAGCAUGACCUGUUGCUAUGGCUAGCUUCACCGCUGACAGUAUUAUAACUAUACAUAUAAAAGCAAGAAAUUAUAAGCAUUGAAGGUAUUCGUACAAAACCGCUCAUGGCAAGAAAGUAGAAUUAGAACAUUUAGAUCACCUUCGACUUUCUGCAAGGUGUUUGAUAUUCAAAUUGCACUUUUCCUACCUCCUAAACAGACGUCUUAGGGGCUGUUUACAUGAUGGAAGGUGGGAUAAUUUUGGUGUAUUUAAAUAAGUCGCUAUCCUAAACGAAAGUUCAAAUGCUGGUUAAUAGAACUCAAAUGUUGUAGAAAAGAUAUUGUAGUUCAAGAAGAGCAUUAUUGCUUCCCGAAAAACCUUUCGUUUAUGAAAAUACCAAAUAACAAUAACAUUUUGAUUUUUAAUUUUUCGUUUACAGUUAACUAUAUAAUCCAUCUCUAGAAAAUAAUGAAGUUUUUUGCUGAAUCAUGCACCGUGACUUAUUUCAAUACGUCGAAAUCAUCCUGCCUCAUAUCUCGUCCUGGCAAAGCGGGAUCAUAUAAACAGCCCCUUAUUCGUCAAAUUGCGUAUGCUGCCUUUCAUCCCUUGGGGCUGAGGCAGCAUUUUUCUUGCAAUAGUAACUUCUAGUUAUAAUAUCGGUGAUGUCAUAAGUAUAUUUAAUAGUAUAUAUGCUUGUCAACUCUAUUUUGCUCAAACAUUCUGCGGUUUCUGCCUUGUUGUUUUGUAUCCAAUCUUUCUAGGGAAGCUUUUGGAGGCUAACAAGUGUACGCGCUGCGUACCUAUUUUUUCAAUGUCGUGUAUUUGCGAUGAAAAGUGUGUAAAACCUAAAAUGUUUUUGGCAUUCUUCUUACAAUCACUUUGUUUUAGCUUUAUUUUGUGGUUUACACAGUUAUAGCAACCUUUUUAAAUGCAUCUGCCUGUUGAGAAAAACUAUAAGUAUACUAGUUAAUUAUUGUCAAUUUAAAUACAAUCAUUGAUGCUGUAAUAUUAGCGCCAUGGAUUUUUUCAGUGUUGGUGUUAUUUACUCAGGUGAAUAUGAUGUUUUUGAUGUUACUCUGAGUGUAUAUCCACACCGGGAAAGCUUGAAAAAUAUGCCCGGCCACGGUGGCAAUCGAACCUACGACCUUUGGAAUACUAGCCCAAAUGCUCUGCCAACUGAGCUACGCGGUCAGGUCGGUUCGAGUAUGUGAUAUUUCGGAAAUGAGUCUAGUUCCUUCGAUAUCAAUGCAAUCUAGUAAUCAUCGAUAUCGAAGGAACUAGACUCAGUUCCGAAAUAUCACAUACUCGAACCGACCUGACCGCGUAGCUCAGUUGGCAGAGCAUUUGGGCUAGCAUUCCAAAGAUCGUAGGUUCGGUUUUCACGCUUGCCCGGUGUGGAUAUUCACUCAGAUUAACGCCAUAUUUAUAUACAGCAAUAUAAGCAGAACUUACUGAAAUUCAGACAGAAUUUUCUCUUUGGCGUACCAUCUAGAACUCUUUAUUUUAGCAUAAUGUUACAAUGUUACAGAUUAAGCACUGAACAUACUUUUUCAAAAAUAAAGUUGAAUAUAGUCAUAACCAUGCAAGUAGAAAAGUAUAAUAUUCAUUAGUUUUGAGCGCGUGUUACGUAACAUGCAAAAGAUUCUCCUCUUAAUGUGAACAUUUUUUUUUUUACUUUUUAGGACGACGAAUUAAUCAAGCAAUGUUUGAGCGAGUCAACAGAGCAUGUCAGUAGUUUCAAACUGCAAGACAGAGCCAGACAUGUUUAUAGUGAAGCAAAAAGAGUUUUAGAAUUUCGUGAAGUUUGCGAGAGAAAACCUAACAAUGCUAUUGUGGUAAGGAAUUAUAAGAAUAUAAUAAUAAUUCAAUUAUUUUGCUUGGGUUGUCAUUUUCUCUUAGGGGUCAGUCAUUAUUUAUGACAGGGGUGGCACCGAAAAGAAAUCCUUUCUUGGUAAAAAAUUUGCUCAUCCAACCGUUAUUAAUUAAAAAUUCAAAAAACUUUUCCCAACCUCAAAUAUCAGUUACGAAAUAAAUGCCCACCCCUGGCGAAAAACGUCACAAAAGGAUACCAAUCAGUUGUCUAACAUGUCGUUUACCACUUCUGUGACAUGAGUUGGAUAACUGUUUGUGCAAUUUUCUGCAGUCUAAGGGACCGGUCAUUAUUUAUGGUGGGGGGUGGCACCGAAGAGAAAUGUUUUUCAUGGCAAAAAUUUUGCUGACCCAACCAUUAAAAAGUAAAAAAAAUUGAUUACCCAACCUCAAAUAUCAAUUAAAAAAUAAAUACUCACCCCUGGCCAAAAACUUUACAAAAAGGUACCAUUCAGUUGUCACACAUGUCCCUUGCCACUUCUGUGACAUGAGUUUGAUAACGGAUUGUGAAUUUUUUUGCAGACUAAAUUUUCACGUUGUCUGCACAUGUACUUUCUUUGGAGACACCAUUUGUCUCCCAACAAAUUGAAAAACAGUGAUCAAGAUAGUGACUCCGAUUGAUUCACAUAUUGUAUUGCCAUAUGACUGUUGACAUUGCUUUUUAGUCUCCAAUAUUUCAGUGAGUCAUGCUUUGGAAAUUAUUAUUACCCAACCCUUGAGUUGUUUUGUUUUUCAUUUACCCAACCUUUUACUCACUCAAAAUUUUGUUUACCCAACCCUUUUCUCUUCGGUGCCACCCCCUGCCAUAAAUAAUGACCGGUCCCUAAAGUUUCAUGUUGUCUGCACAUGUACUUUCUGUGGAGACACCAUUUGCCUCCUGACAAAACGGGAAAUGAUCAAUAUAGUGACUCUGAUUGAUUUUCAUAUUGUAUUGGCAUAUGACUGUUGACAUUGCCUUUUAGGUUUCAAUAUUUGAGUGAGUCAUGCUUUGGAAAUGGAUAAUUUUUUAUUAUAUAAUUUGCUUUGGAAUUGGAUAAUUUUUUAUUACCCAACCCUUGAGUUGUUUCGUUUUUUAUUUACCCAACCUUUUACUCACUCAAAAUGUUGUUCACCCAACCCUUUUGUCUUCGAUGUCUCCCUCCGCCAUAAAUAAUAACCGGUUCCUUACGUGUAUGUGCCUUGCGAUGUUCAGUGUGCGAUAAUUAAAGAUUUUUAGUCGUACCUGACUGGCACGUGUCCUUAGUCUUUAAAAUAAGGUACAUCAUGUACAGCCAGAUUUCUGAACAGUGCCUUCAAACUACGAGGCAGCACAAGAAGCACAAUUGCCUAUACAAAAAAUCGACUCCAGCAUUCCUUAAUGCCAUCAGUCCAAUCAUGUUUCAUGCCAAGACAUGUCAGACGUACGCAUAUACCUACUAAGUUACGGUAUUGAAUAACUUGGGCUUGGAAAUGUCACGUCGCAGAAAGCAACAGUUCCGCGUACCAACGUUGGUACGUGGUAAAAACAAAGAAGUAUACCAAACCCUAUAAUAUUGGCGUACAUUCGCAACAUAAGCACUCGAAUUAUAUCACCUUGGAAGCACCUUACAUUCUUGGACAAGAUUAUUUGAGAAGUUUAGAAUUCUAGAUAUGUAUAUUCCUUAUGUGCAUACGAUGCUUUAAACCCACCUAUGUCCCCUUAUUAGUACAUUGGUUAUUUGGGCAGAGAAACAAUUAGACAUAUUACCAAACUAAUGAUUAAUGUCAAAACCCUGCACAUGAAUCUCAAACAACACAUAACAAUAAAGAGUAAAAUGUAUUUGCCGACGUUUCGUUGUAUGCAUCACACAUCUUCAGAGCAUUUACAAACGUGUUAGCGCAUUUACAAAACGUCAGCAAAUAUUAAAUUUUACUUUUUAUUGUUGCCUUUAAUAUUUAUCUUUAAAUUGCGCUUUCCGCCUGGUGUGUCAAUCCUUGAACAAACCAAUGUCCUUGAACAAACCAAUGUCCUUGAGAUAUAACCGUAACUCCUUUAUCUCUAGUUUAAUGUCUGUUCCUUAAGUUUCUUUCCAAAAGGAGUUGUCUACUAUUUUGCAUUGUAUUUUUCUAGUGUCUAGGAGGUUUGAUGAAUAAAAGUCAUGAUAGCUGUAGUUUUCAGUAUGAGUGUAGCUGUGAUGAACUGGACGAGCUUGUCAAAUGUUGCAGGUAAUUUCAUUAUUUCAUCCAGUAAUAACUAACAAUUGUAUGGUCAUAAAUUUAAGCCCAUAUACAUUAUAUAACUUGGGGAAAUGUUUUUGCAAAAUGACCGUUAAACUUCUGACGUGUACAUUAGAGAAACAAAAUGUUUAUCUUAGCCAACCACCAACUCGAUAGAUACCAUUCAACUCUUGACUUGUACUCGCGCGAGCACAUAACGAAGACAACCGUCCAACAUCCAGUACACAAUGGUGUAAUCUCUCUCGCCCUCCCCCCCCCCCCCACAUCCCUAGCGCCUCUACACAGGCUAUGCACUUAUCUAUGUUAUCGCAUAUAGCUGGGCGUAAAUUCCCGUAUGGAAUUAGUACCCUCGCCAGGGGUGGCUCGGGGGAUAUUGCCAACAGUCGUCUCCAGCGCUUGAAAAUGUAGACGGUAAACAUACCCAAUAUUACCUCAUCAAACCAUUAUACAGGCACAAAACCUUUGCGCAAGACCAAAAAAAAUUCAAAGAAUGUAGUCAGAACGUGUAAAUAAUAAUAGUGUAUAAAUUUGAAGGAUUCGAUAUAUUUUCGUGAACGAAAGUAGCAAAUCACGUCUUAUAUUUGAUUCGUAACUCGCUUAGAACCAGUUUAUUAUUAUCAAUUAUUUGAAGUAACCAGUUAGUCUGAUGAUGAUUUUAAAAUAAAAUCGAAGUAUCAAACUCGUGUUUCUAGUCUUGUUUUGAUCCAUAUCAUAGAUUUUUCAAAACGUUAUUUUGUGUGUAAAACGCUCUUCAAUUCCUUGCGCGGGAAAAGGAGUGUUUACGAAGGACAAAGUAAAAGAAAACACACGUUUUGGGCCCUACACUGGAGAAAAAAUUGAUUUUAAUAAUAUCCAUGGCAUGGACUCUUCCUACAUGUGGGAGGUAUGUUUCUGUUCUUUGGUUGUAUAGGAAUUGUCAUUGUAGUAUAGCGUGUCGUUGUUAAGGUGGCUCCCUAUACAUUUUAAAUAGUGAAAUAUUUUCUGAAUAAGUGGAUAUGAAUUUCUGGACACUUAUUGUUGGUAGUGAAUGACCGAUUGUACCUCAAUCAGAAAUUACCGAUUUCCGAUUAUUUAUGCAACAAUCUACCCGAUACCGAUACACAUUUUAUAAUGACGUUAUAAUGUCUGUCGACCGAGUGAAGGUCACGUCAUUCGUUUCGAUUUUUGAGCGAUAAUUUCCUGCGUAACAUGUUAAGCCUCUUUUCAAUUCAUCGUAAAAACAACCUCGCUGCAAGUACUUUCAUUCAAUCACAACGCUCGACAGUUUGUUUAAAUUAGAUGCAAGCAAAUGUAGCGAGCUUCAUGAUCAAACUUGCGACGUGUAUCAACUAGUUUUCAGAUUCUGGUUGAUUUUUAAACUAUUUUUAAAUAAUUAAUGAAUUAUUUAUGCCUUUCAAACUAUUUCUAGAUCUGCUGGAGCUCUUGGUUCUCGCCUUACCGGAGCAGGCUGGGGUGGUUGUACUGUUUCCAUGGUACCAAGUAGUCUACUUCAUGAUUUCUUACAUAAAGUACAGUUUGAAUAUUACAGUAAAGAUCCAGCCAAACUGGCAGUGAUUAAUCAUAGUUUGUUUGCAACGUCCCCUGGUGAUGGAGCCGCAAUUAUCACUUCGGAAGCUAUUAAAGACUGCAGUAAUUUAUAAUUAAAGUUUAUAAUGAAUAUUUAUAUAAAGAAUGAUUUCCUCGAGAUUCAAUACGAGUUCAGAACCAUUUUAAAGUUGGAACAUCUGAAUUGAUAUUUUGUUUUCUAUCCAAAACUUGUAAACAUACGUGAAUAAACCGUACGUGUACGUGAAUAAUAGACGAGCAGAAUUUCCGUCUUGUAUUGAUUGAAUUUCAUUAAAGUGCGACUACCCCCAAAUAUGAUUUUUUGUAUGUGUAAUAUUUGGGUCAUUCGAAGAAGAAAUGUAGUAUAUCUUUAUAAUAAAAAAUCUUAUUUUGAUCAACUCUUUCACUGUCAAAGUUUGCGGGUAUGAUGUCAUUAGGUGAAUUGCAAAUUAGUUUUCCUUUGUUUUUUGUACCCAAAAUUCACCUAAUGACAUCAUAUCCGGAAACUUUGACAGUGAAAAAGUUGACCAAGAUGGGG